UCUCAGAGAUGGAGUCAAUGGCAGCAAGAACACUUCUUCCUGACCCAGCCAAUGAAUUUGAUAGGAACGUUCCACGUAUCUGUGGUGUCUGUGGAGACAAAGCUACUGGCUUUCAUUUCAAUGCCAUGACGUGUGAAGGCUGCAAAGGAUUUUUUAGGAGGAGCAUGAAAAGAAAAGCAAUGUUCACGUGUCCAUUCAACAGCGACUGCAAAAUCACCAAAGAUAACCGGCGGCAUUGCCAAGCCUGCCGGCUGAAGCGUUGUGUGGACAUAGGCAUGAUGAAAGAAUUCAUUCUGACAGAUGAGGAGGUCCAGAGGAAGAGAGAGAUGAUAACGAAGCGGAAGGAGGAGGAGGCUCUUAAAGAGAGCAUGAAGCCCAAAUUAUCAGAGGAGCAGCAGAAAGUCAUUGACAUUCUUCUCGAGGCCCAUCGCAAAACUUAUGACCCAACCUACUCUGACUUCACCCAGUUCCGACCUCCGGUGAGAGCCAACUCAAGCAAAAGAAUAACUAGAUCGUCGUCGGUGCUAACUCAUGGCUCCUCAUCAGAAGACUCCUCAGAUACCUUCAACUGUUCUCCAGAGUCUGUAGAGCAUAGAAUGUUCUCCAACAUGGCACUGAAUGAGGACUCUGACGAAAGCCCUCCCAUGGACAUUAACCUCUCGCACCUCUCCAUGCUACCUCACCUGGCUGACCUUGUCAGCUACAGCAUUCAGAAAGUGAUUUGCUUUGCAAAAAUGAUCCCAGGGUUCAGGGAACUGACGGCAGAGGACCAGAUUGCCUUAUUGAAGUCCAGCGCCAUUGAAAUCAUUAUGCUUCGUUCAAACCAGUCGUUUUCCUUGGAGGAUAUGGCAUGGUCAUGUGGAGGCAAUGAAUUCAAGUACCAAAUCAAUGACGUUACCCAAGCUGGUCUCAGCCUGGAACUGCUAGAACCACUUGUGAAAUUUCAGAUUGGCUUAAAGAAGUUGAACCUUCAUGAAGAGGAGCAUGUGCUCCUGAUGGGCAUCUGCAUCCUUUCCCCUGACCGCCCUGGCGUGCAGGACACUUCUCUGGUGGAGUCCCUCCAAGACCGCCUUUCCGAAGUCCUGCAGACCUACAUUCUGUGCAAACACCCUCCCCCGGGCAACCGCUUACUCUAUGCCAAGAUGAUCCAGAAGCUGGCAGACCUGCGGAGCCUGAAUGAGGAGCAUUCCAAACAGUACCACUGCCUUUCCUUCAAGCCAGAGCACAGCAUGCAGCUCACCCCGCUGGUCCUUGAGGUUUUUGGCAAUGAACUCUCCUGA